GGCUAAAAAUAAUGACUUGUGCUGAAAUGUGUUUAGAAUCACCCUUGCCUUGAAAUAUUUUUGAGACACCCUGAGUUGUGAGAUGUUGAGAGUUCCACACUACAGGUGAGGUACAAAGAUCUCUCCUUCCCUUCAGCCACAGGACUCUCCCUAACAAUGCUGGAAGUGAAAAUGAAUCAUUUAUGAGCAUCAGUAGACAGAUGGGUGGGGCCUCUUUGUAAACUGGUAUUUUGUUGAUGCAAUAUGUGUGACAGCCUUUUAGUUGUGAAUAUAAAUGUUACUGAGAGGAAAUUAGGUUGGUUCGCAGAAGAGAUCAGACAGACUUUGCAGUGCUUCUUGCUGAGGAGCAGGUACCUCUGUCACUGCUGAGCUUCAGAUACCAGUACAUGUAGAAGGAAAAUGGAAGUCAUUGAACUUGGAGAUGUUGACCUGAACUGUCCUUCCAACUGCCAAAUUCAUAACACCCACUUCUUCGGAACUGACAGGCAGAUAAUAAGGAGAGGGCAAGCCUUCAAUUUCUAUGCAAGUUUCCAUAAUCGGGAAUGGGAUGACUCCGUGGAUCAGGCUACUUUCACCGUGGAGACAGGCCUCAGACCCUGCGAGUCAAAUGAGACAAAAUGUACCUUCCUAAUGGGUAGAUGUUUAGAUCAAACCUGCUGGAGUGCUUCCUACAAAACUCAUCAGCCAAAAUGCAUCAACAUCAGUGUGUUUCCUCCCUCCAAUGCCUGCAUUGGCCGUUACAUUCUCAACAUGCAAAUCACUUCUUGUGGUCACACAUACCAGCGAUGUCUUGGAGAUUUUUACGUCCUUUUUAACCCUUGGUGUGCAGAUGACCCUGUAUAUCUGGACAAUCAGGCCCAAAGAGAAGAAUAUAUUCUCAACGAACAUGGCAUACUGUAUGAAGGAGUUCAUAGGCAUAUUACCUCUAGACCGUGGCACUUUGGACAGUUUGAAGACGGCAUUCUGGACAUAUGCUUGAAGAUUUUAGACAUGGGUGCAAGUUAUCAUCAUGGUUCUGAUCGAGACCAAUGUUGGCGCAAUGAUCCUGUGCAUGUCAGCAUGGUGGUAAACCACAUGAUAAGCAGCCAUACCACUAACAGUAUCAUGAAGAUUCCAGAAAAUAAUGAUUACCUGAAGGGAACAAAACCAUUUUCCUGGAAUGGAAGCAUUCCUAUUCUUCAGCAGUGGUACAAUGGUAGAUGCAGACCUGUCAGAUAUGGAUACUGUGGGUCUCUUGCUUCAGUAAUGUGCACAGUGAUGAGAUGUUUGGGAAUUCCAAGCCGGGUUGUCACAAACUUCUGUUUUCCAUGCUCAAAUGAGAAUCCCCUUGGUAUCAAUGAGAUUUUUGACUGUACAGGAAAAAACCUCUGUGGCAAGGACAAACUAUGGCGGUACCACUGCUGGAAUGAAUCUUGGAUGGCUCGUAGAGAUCUAAAUCAGUGCUGUGGUGACUGGCAGUGUCUGGAUCCAACACCUUUGGAAACAGGCAGAGGCUCAGCUUGCAGUGGUCCUACUUGGGUUCGAAGCAUCAGAGAAGGAGACCUGGACUUGGACUACGAUGGUCAUUACAUGUUUUCUCGGCUGAACUCAAACUAUGCUGGAUGGCUUUCUCAAAACAAUGCCAAAAAAACAAAAGUUUUCUGUGACACUUGGCCAUGUGGACAACAACUAAUCACAAAGAGUGUUGGCAGUGAGCAAUUUGAAGAUAUCACUGGGAAUUACAAGUAUGAGCUAGGUUCUGUGAAAAGCAAAGAAGCCUAUUACCGGGCUUACAGAAGAAUUCACCCAGGGUACUGCAAUGCUUCCAACUGCCAUAUAGACAGAGAACUAUCAUCUCUGAAAAAUCCAUUUUUGAGUGACAGUGGUAUUAACAUGAGGCUAAAGAUGGCUAACUGCCCAAUGUAUGGUGAAGAUGUCCAACUGCACUGGCUGCUUGAAAAUUUGCGUAGUGAACCCAAAAACCUGAAGUUUAAUUUGUCUGCACAAAUCGUAACAUACAAUGGUUGCCCAAUGGAUCAGUUCUGGAAAGACAGUGUGACCAUUGCAUUAGGUCCAAGGGAAGUGAAAAAAAUUCCACUGUGUGUAUCGUAUAGUCAAUAUGGACCUUACCUCAGUGAUCACAACAUUAUGAAAGUGGUUGCUGUCUCAGAUCCAGAGUGUGGAGAAGUUCUGAUGGUGAGCAGGGAUGUUGUGAUCAACAGGCCACCUGUUAUUGUUAAGCUAUUGAGCCAGCCCAGGCUGAAAGUACCAUGUACAGCAGAGAUCUCCUUCUGCAAUCCUCUCCAGGAAGAUAUGAAGAACUGCAUAAUGACUUUAGAAGGCUGCGGUUUAUUCAAAGAACCAAUGACCAUUGAUUUGGGAACGCUCGCUUCCAAUCAGCAGGCACGGACCAUCGUGGAGUUCACACCAUACAGGCUGGGCAGCCACCGGCUCCUAGCCAACCUUGGAUGCCACAAGUUUGCCUACUGCAAAGGAUGUGCCAAGGCUGAAGUGUGUAACCAUGUGGGCCAGAACGGCUCCCUUCCAGUGAACCAGAACGGAUCACUGCCAGUCUGUGAGAAUGGAUCUCAGCCCGUUAAUAGCUCUGGGGUAGCCCCUGCAGGGGACCCUGGGCUCAACUCCACAUGUGAAUACAUAUGUAUCCCUGUGUGCAACCCAAACUGCAACCCUGGGGGACCACCUGUGUUCGACUUCGUGUACCUUCCUGCAGGCCAUCCCUUAUGCAACUCCAUCGGCAAUCCAGGCUUCAACCCAAACUUCAACGCAAUGUUUGACCCUGGGUGUGAUCCUGGCUUCCGCGUUAUAUGCGAGACCGUGCCUCCUGCUACAUGCACCCAGAUGCCUCCAACCGUGUACAGCUCCAUGCCUGUAACAACAUCCAACCCUGCAGGCCCCCCAAUGCCUCAAGUGGUGUUUGAGACAGGGUCUGCUCCUACGCACCAGCCUGGAGGUGGAGGGGGGCCCAUGCCUUAUUCUGUCUCUGUUCCAGCAAACAAUGCGGUGAGUGCACUGUUGACCCACUUCAUGGCUGGCUCUAGUCCUACCACAGCAACCCAGGGGAUUCCCACCCAUCUGCCAUCACACCCUAUGUGCUCGCCAGUCGCCCAUGCUGUCAGCAGUUCCAUGCCACCACCAGCAGCCAUUUCAGUGCCUGCAGCCUCCCUCUCUCACGUUGUUUGUGGCUCCACACCCUCUCCCGUCGCCCAGCCUCUCUGCGGCUCGGUGGUCACCUUACCGCCCCAGCCCCUGAGCACCCCAGUAGCCCAUGCUGUGUGCUCCCCAGCCCCUUGCCCUGCAGCUUCCCCAUUGCCCCGUGCUGCACGUAGCUCUACACCUGCAGGGCUGCAUCUGGCAGGCUCCCCAGCCCCCCGCCCUGUGGGACCCCCAGCAGCCCACUCCCUGUGCUCCCCAGCCUCCCGUCCUGUGGGACCCCCAGCAGCCCACUCACUGUGCUCCCCAGCCUCCAUCUCAGUGGGAGCUACAGGAGUCCAAUCUGCGAGCUCACCUGCCCCUUGCCCUGAAGACUCAUCAGCCACCUGCUACACGUCCCCCCCAACUCCUCAGCCUCUGGCAGCUGCCACUGCCCGCUCCCUCUGCAACCCUGCCUCUCACUCUAUCUCCCGGGUCGUUUGCACCCCGGGAUCUCGCUCUGUCUGUGGCCCUCAAUGGGGGCCUUCCUGUAACACCACCACCACCACCACCACCCGCUCAGGCUCCCUGUCUGUGUGGCCUCCAACUUCACGCUCAACAUGGAACCUUGCAGGGCGCUCAGGCUACAUCCCCUUCUCCCGUGGCUCCUACAACACACUCUCAGGCCCUCCUUAUAGCUCCUUGUCUCGCUCCUUCAACACCUUGUCUCGCUCAGCGUACAACACCCUGCCCCGCUCUACCUCUCCCUCUGCCUAUGCCACCCUGCCACGCUCAAGCUCACACCCAACUGGCAGUGCUCUGACCCGCUCCGGGGCCCGCACCCCUUGGAACCCCAACAGGAGCACUCUCUCCUACUUCAAACGCAAAUACCUGUAAUUGUGAGCAACCUGCUGGGGAAGAACCAAAGCGAGUGAACUAUGGCCUGCAUGCAGGUCCUUUGACAAAAGGUCAGAAAUAGGAUGAUGGAGAGAUGCCUACAUAGUUCUGAAUAUUUAUCCACAUGGUUGAGAUGCAUUGGAAAGCAGGCUGCUAGCCAACAGCCAAGAGGUGCAUUUGAUGCAAUGUCCAUUUGCUUUGAGAUAUGGUCCGGUGGAACCAACAAAUGAAUGUGCUCUCCCCUGGUACCCUAGUGACAACGGUAGCACGGUGCAGGUAAUUGGACUAGAUUGCUCAGUCAGGCUCUUUUAUAAAUGAUCUGCUUUCACUCUCUCUCUUCUUGAUUUCCUGCACUGUGUAUUUCUCAGAUCUCCCUUGCCUACAGCCCACUUAGCAAAUCUGUCUCCCUGCAUAAGAUGCACUUUCCCUAGGGUUCUGCUGUCACAGUGAUGGUUGCAGAGCCACCUGCCCAACACCCCUUGGCUCACCAGCCCUCAUAUUAUCUUGCUUCAGGUCAGUUCUGCAUGCAUGUCCACAAAUUUUACCUUUCAUGUGUCUGUUCUUCACAAGAGCUUUGGGUUUGCUGAAACAUCUCCCAUCCCUCCAUUGUUUUCCUCUAAUACUCCAUUAUUUUUAGUAGCAAGUUUUAGUGGGGUUUCGGGGUAAAAUAAUUUUGCCACUUGCAGAAUUUUCAGUAAUGUAGCAAUAGUAUCUCAGUAGUAUCACUGUAGUUCACACACCUAUGCUUUGUGAUGAGCUUGAGCAACCUUCUGGGAAUUUUUGAAAACGUGGUGUCAGAUGCUAGCUAUGAAUGUACAAGCUGUGUCAAUUACUUAAUCAUUCUGAGUAUGGUAGAGGUCUUUGCCUGGAAACUGUAGUGUAGUGAUCACAGUCCUGUGACUACUUGUUUUUUAUGCAAUUUCAGUAAUUUCUAUUGGGUACUUGCUGACGAUACAUUUGCCUGACAAUAAAAAUAGAAAUUUAGAAAGAAAAAUAUAUAUAUAUGUCAUUGUCUUCUUGGUGUUUGGUUGCUUUUUGUUUCGCUGUUGUUUUCUUGUCAUAUCUCUUCAGACUUGAGGGAAAAUUUCUCCAGAUAUACUUCAGUGUGUAAUCAUCUUCCCAUUCUAUGUUCUUUUUCUUCAUGUCAAGUCUGAAAUCAAGGCUGCAAAAUAGGUUCUAGAGUUAAAUUAAAUUCUUAUUUUACCUGAAAUACUCAUUCUGGUAUUUUG